AUGUCGAUGCAGGAUGGGGUUAUGUACGUUGCGCCCGUGCCGGAGGGCUAUGUGCGUGAUCCGACUGCGGCGCCACAAGUGACUGCGCUCAUGAUCGUGUCGGGCAUCAGCUUUGCCUUGGCCGUUCUUUCGACAGUCGCGCGGAUCUGGACAAGAGCGGCCAUUAUCCGCAUGGUCUCCCUGGAUGAUUACAUCAUGAUCGGCGCCCUGCUCUGCGGCACAGCCCUCGUCGCCUUUGUGUGGCACAUGCUCAACUGGGGCCUCGGAAAGCACCUUUGGAACGUGCCCAUGACGCCCGACUUUUAUCCCAACUUUAUGCUCACGAACGUGCUGGCGGCCAUCUUUUUUUGCCUUGCAACAGGCCUCGCCAAGGGCUCGAUCCUGCUCUUUUAUCUGCGCAUCUUCCCCUCGCGCAAGAUGGUCUGGACCGUCUGGGUCCUCUUCGGCUUCACCGUCGGCUACUCGCUCGCCUGCGCCCUCGUCAACGUCUUCAGCUGCAACCCGAUUGCCGGAUCGUGGGCGCUUGAGCAUGCGACGACGGCCGUCUGUAUCAACCGGCCCGUCUUCUACUUUGUGCAGGCGAGCCUGGGCAUCUUCACCGACAUUACGACCGUCGUGUGCCCGCUGCCCGUGCUCAAGACGCUGAGGCUGCCGCUGAAGCAAAAGAUUGGUGUUGCCGUGGUUCUGUCCAUGGGUGCCCUGGUCUGCAUCAUCAGCGUGAUUCGUCUGCACUCGCUCUACAUCCUGCUGAAGGAGACCGACCUCACGAUGAACACGGUCACGGCCCUCAUGUGGUGCAUCCUCGAACUCAACCUUAGCAUCUUCGGCGGCAACAUCCCGGCCGCCAAGCCGCUGCUGCAGCAGAUUUUCCCCAAGCUCUUCGGCACCUCGCGCCGCGACACCUCCAACGCCAUCUACCUGCACUCGUCCCACGGCGAGCGCUCGCAGACCAAGGGCAGCCGGGCCAUGGGCGGGUCGCACUUUGCACCCGAUGCCAGCAUGCGCACGCAGACGCACGUCGUGGGCGACAGCGGCAGCGAAGAGUACAUCAUGCAGGACCAGAAGAUUACGAAGACGGUUGAGUUCAGCUUUGACGUGCAGAGCGCGAGGGACUCGGACGCCGAUCUGCGGAGGUAG